AUGGCGGCAAAGGUGGAGACAAGGCCCGAUGGGCUGGGGUUCUUGGCAUCGACGUUUAUGGUCGUUCCCAUGUCUGAUGCGAUAGCAAGCGACGCGCCAAUCGAAAGUGACACGCCGCCACCCCAGCCCACGGCGGCCAAGACGAAGGCAGCGGGUGCACUGUCUGGCGCAUUGGUGGACGCUGAUGACCAUAUGGAUGUGGCGAUCACCGUGGGAUACUUCCAGGAUGAGAAGCCCACGUUGGUCAGCGACCUUCGGGCUGCCAUCGCCGAGGAGACAGGGACCCACCCCGAGCAGCUUCGGAUGGUCCUGCGAGGGGCAAAGCAUCGCGACAUGACCAAACGCGGCCUUACCGACUUCACCCUGCACGACACCGAGCCCCUCAUGGACUGGCACCUCGACGACACGGAGGUGCUGGUGGAGGUGAAGAAGAAGCAGCGCGCCGGAAAGAGCCUGCACCGUCCCGGAAACGGCUGGUUCAAGAUCAAGAAGGGAGGACGAACAUGCACCAUGAAUAUCGCUGGUGCCAUUGUGAAGCAGAUGAUCUUCUCGAAAGCCAACCAGUACAGCGUGACGGUGGAGGAGCCACGGAUCUUCCCUCUGAUCAUGGAACUUUGUGAUCACUACUGCGCAGACGCGGUGGUCCUGGCGGCCGCCGAUGCCGAUGCGCUGCCCGCGGAGGCCGAGGCCCACGGCUUCUCCGUGGAGGCCGAUGGUGAUACGGGCGUCACCAAGCUGGUCUCUGCCCAGCGCCGGCUUACUGUAGUGUCGGAGCGUGACGAUCCGGACUUUAGCAAGGACAUGCUGCAGGGCACAGAAGAUCCAGAUCUGGAGAAGUUGCCGGCGGUUGUGCACGUGCCAGAAGAGGCCGUGGGGAGCAAGCUCAUCUUCGUGCUCGGAGGGGACGUCUUGCGAGAGACGGGAUCCCUUACGAAGGUGAUCCGAAGCCUUCGCCACCCAUCCGGCGAGCUGCUGACGGUCUUCCACCUUGUUACAAGCACCAGGCACAAGCUCCAUUUGCCAUCCCUUGGCUUCGUGGUGCGCAUGAGGGACCGCUUCGGCUGCGACAUUCCGCAGCUGCCGGGCGCACUUCUGGAUCGCGUCCUGCCUCGGCCUGCCGAAACAGCAAGUGGCCCCUGCUAA